GGGCUCGAGAACCCAGAGGAAGUGCCCGCGACAUAUCAGCUCGAGCCGAGUUUAAAAGUGAUUUAACGGCUGAUUACUGUAGUUCUUAUUCCGGAUGUGUGAGAGGACGACUAGCCGUGUACGUCUGUAACGAGGAAAAGUGAAGAUUCGUUAGAUUUUUCUUGACUGUUUUGUAAAUAAUGUAGGUUAAACGUUUUGGGAUAAGACAUGAAAGACCAAGGUGCUAGAUGGUGAGUGGGAAGGCUGUGCGUAAUGCUGAAACGACUUACCCAGAGUCAAUAUGAGUGUCACAGAUGGCGAGGCCAUAGCUAGCCAAGAUGGCAGGGCCUUUGUUCUUCAAAUCUACCCCCGCCUUUCCUUGGAGACGGCACCAUGCUGCAUACUCAGAGUGCGCAAGGAAGCCACAGCAGCUACCAUCAUCCAGGAUGCCGCCAACACCCUGGGCCUGGAUGCCGCCAAGCGUUACGUAUUGGCUGAGGUGAAGGAGAGCGGAGGUGAGGAGUGGGUCCUGGAGGCCACAGACCUGCCUGUGCACAGGGUUUUGCUGUGGCCCAGAAAAGCUCAGGAGGAGCAUGCGCAGAACGAGGGAUUCUACUUCAUCUUGCAGGAACGCAAUUGCGAUGGCACCAUCUGCUAUGCUGACCUUGCUAGUGUUGUUAGAGAACAGGAAUCUCAACAUCUGGUUGCCCGAGGCUUUCUGCCCCGAUGCCGCGAGGACUUCAAUGACCUCUGCAACCUUCCAAUCCUCAAUGAGGACACUAUCCUGGCCAACCUGCGCAGCCGUUUUCAGAAUAAAAAGAUUUACACUUAUGCUGGCAGUAUUCUUGUUGCCAUUAACCCUUUCAAAUUCCUUCCCAUUUACAAUCCCAAGUAUGUCAAAAUGUACGAAAACCAUCAGCUGGGCAAACUGGAGCCCCACAUUUUCGCAAUUGCAGAUGUCUCAUACUACACUAUGCUGCACAAGAGGAUCAACCAGUGCAUUGUUAUAUCAGGGGAGAGUGGCUCAGGCAAAACACAAAGCACUAACUUCCUAAUUCACUGCCUGACUGCGCUGAGUCAAAAAGGAUAUGCCAGCGGGGUAGAGAGGACCAUCCUGGGAGCAGGACCUGUCCUGGAGGCAUUUGGCAAUGCAAAGACAGCCCACAACAACAACUCGAGCCGUUUUGGGAAGUUCAUACAAGUCAACUACCUGGAGAGCGGAGUGGUCCGGGGGGCAGUGGUCGAGAAGUACCUGCUGGAGAAAUCCCGCUUGGUGUCCAGAGAAAAAAAUGAAAGAAACUACCAUGUCUUUUAUUACCUGCUGGUGGGAGCAUCAGAGGAGGAGCGCAAGGAGUACAAACUUCUGCAGCCAGAGAACUACAACUACCUCAAGCAGCAAAACUUUACCAUAGAGGAUGCAGACGAUCUUCGGCAUGACUUUGAGCGCCUGCAGCAGGCCAUGGAGAUGGUGGGCUUCCUGCCUGCCACCAAGAAACAAAUAUUCUCUGUGCUUUCCGCAAUUUUGUAUUUGGGCAACGUCACCUACAGCAAGAAGGCCACAGGCAGGGACGAGGGAUUGGACGUCGGACCCCCUGAGGUGCUCGCUAACCUCUCAGAGCUACUCAAGGUCAAAGAAGAGCUGCUAGUUGAGGCACUCACAAAGAGGAAAACAGUUACAGCCAAUGAUAAGCUGAUCCUUCCCUACAGCCACAGUGAGGCGAUCACAGCACGGGACUCCAUGGCUAAGUCUCUGUACAGUGCCCUGUUUGACUGGAUUGUCCUGCGCAUCAAUCAUGCACUGCUCAAUAAGAAGGACAUGGAGGAAUCUGUUCAAUGUUUGUCCAUUGGCGUUCUGGACAUCUUUGGCUUUGAGGACUUUGAGACCAACAGCUUUGAGCAGUUCUGCAUCAACUAUGCUAAUGAACAGCUGCAGUAUUACUUUAACCAGCACAUCUUUAAGCUGGAGCAGGAGGAGUAUCAGGCAGAGGGCAUCACAUGGCACAACAUUGACUACACUGAUAAUGUGGGCUGCAUUCACCUUAUCAGCAAGAAACCUACUGGGCUCUUCUAUUUAUUGGAUGAGGAGAGCAAUUUUCCCCAUGCAACAGAUAUAACCUUGCUGGCUAAAUUUAAGCAGCAGCACGAGAGAAACCACUACUUUGUGGCUACGCCUGUGAUGGAGCCAGCUUUUGUCAUCCUCCAUUUUGCUGGGAAGGUCAAGUACCAAAUCAAGGAUUUUCGGGAAAAGAACACUGACCACAUGCGGCCAGACAUCGUAGCCUUGUUGCGCAGCAGCGACCGUGCCUAUGUCCGCCAGCUGAUUGGAAUGGACCCAGUGGCCAUGUUCCGUUGGGGAAUCCUCCGCGCCGCCAUACGUGCUCUUGCUGCCUUCAACGAAGCUGGACGCCACUGGGCCGCAAAAACCUCUGGUGUGGUUAGACCUGUUUCAAGAGUUCCACUGGGAGAGCUGCAGCGGUCCAACACGCCCAUUGAGAGGAUGUAUCGCCGGUCCUCUAUGCUCGAUUUCUCCUUUGAUCUCUCAGAGGAGCGCCCCCUAGAGGCUUUUGAGGACAUCUUUGCUAGUUAUGAGAGUAAGAACGACAUGCAUGCCCAAAUUAUCAGCUCCAUUAAGGACUUGCAGUUGGAUGGCGAAGACCCACGUAAGCUGCUUCAAUCCUGGGGACGCCUGCGCUUCCCACGCCACCAUCUUCAGAAAAACAAAAACAUCAAACCUAAGCAACUAAUUCCAAAGAACCUGCUGGACUCGCACUCACUGAAGUUCAUAGUUGGCCUUCAUGACCGCACCACCAAGUCUUUGCUUCACCUGCACAAGAAGAAGAGGCCCCCGAGUAUCAGUGCUCAGUUUCAGACCUCUCUCAGUAAGCUGCUAGAAACGCUGGCGAAGGCAGAACCUUUCUUUAUCCGCUGUCUGCGCUCAAAUGCCGAAAAGAAGGAGAUGUGCUUUGACGAGGCGCUGAUCAUGCAGCAGCUACGUUACACAGGCAUGCUGGAAACUGUACGCAUCAGGAGGUCAGGAUAUGGUGCCAAGUACCCCUUCCAGGAGUUCAUUGAGCAGUUUCGAGUUUUGCUGCCAAAAAAUGCAUCUUCUCCAGAAGAAAUCUCAGCUCUGCUGCAGAACCUUGGUCUCGACCCCAAGACAUACCAGAUUGGCAAAACCAAGGUGUAUCUCAAAGAGCUGGAGAGACAAAAGCUUCACGACACACUCCACAAAGAUGUCAUGCGCAAAAUUAUUUUCCUACAGCGCUGGUUCCGAGCUAAACUGCAGAGGUGGGAGUUCAUUCAGAUGAAACAGGCAGCCAUAAUUAUUCAGCGCUUAUGGCGGGGCUGCAGAAGAAGACGCUGUCAAGCAGCGACUCUGAUUCAGGCAGCAUGGCGAGGGUUCAAACAGAGAGCUGAAUACCUAAACCGGCGAGCCUCUGUAACUAAAAUCCAGGCUCUAGCCCGAGGCCAGUCUGCACGAAAAAGGUACAAUUCUCUAAAGGAAGAGAAGACAAAGAGAGAAGAGGAAGAAGCUCAACGAAGAAAAGAGGAGGAGGAAGAGGCAGCCAGACGAGACCAGGAGGCAGCAGAGGUGGCCCGAAAAGCACAAGAGGAAGCAGCCAGACAAGAAAGGGAGGCAGCUGAAGCUGUCAGAAGGGCACAAGAGGAAGCAAAGAAACAGAGAGACAAAGAAGAGGCAGCUAGAAGAAAGAAGGAGGCAGAGGAAGAGGCAACAAAGCUUGCUGAACAGAAUAAAAAGAAGACAGCACCAGAGCUGCAACUUGAUAAUCAGGCUGCUUCAAAAAUGGAUGGACAGAAUGAUGUCCUUGAUAUGGUGGAGAACUCUAAGGAAAAGGAAAGCAAGCAGACUGAGGCUGGUCCUUGGCAUGAAGCAGAGUUUCAGGAUACUCGAGUAACACCUGAACACAAUAAGUGUUUGGUUGUUUUAGAGAAGCACAAUGAAGACACAGGAGCUGUCCAAAAAUCUAACAAAGCCUGUGAUAUUGCAUUACCAGGAAAAAGUAAUCAGAAUACAGUCAGUGAUACCCCAACAAUUACUGUUACUGCCCUCCCUAAAACUACUUCCAGUGUUUCUGCAGAGGAAGAUGUCAAAAGCCCUCAAACUGGCACCAUUCAUCCUGAUCCAGGCAGGUCCAGAGCUCCACCAAUGGGGAAACUUCCUGUCUCUCGAAGUCAAGAAAAGAGGGAGCUGAGAAGGCAGCGCGGUUUAGAGCAUAGCCAGAGGGAGAGUGUGCGGGCAGCUGCAGCUGGUAAAGAUGAGAGCUGUAAAGAACUUGACCACUAUACCUUCAUAUCCCAGAAAAUUGACAAGCCUAAGAAAGAGGCUGAAGAUGAGGAAGAGAAGGUAAAGAAAGGAACUGCAGCUGGUCCAGUCAGGCCCUCGACUCUACCCCUGGAAGUGCCAGAGUCUAAGGAGCCCAAAUACACUCCAAGCACCAAGGACCUAUUAAAUCGGGGAAAGAGCAACACCCAGCCUGAGAUAUCAUUGAAAGAGGCUAAACAUCAGGAGGAUCAGAAAACUCGCAUGUUGAAGACCUCCCGGUCAUUAGAUGACGUAUCAGAGUUUAAGACCUCAGAAGUCCCCACUGGUUUGCAGCCCAUGCCUCAUGUUUUGGUGGGUCCACCUGGAGGCAGAGCAAGCAGCGUGAAAAGGUCACCGCAGGACGACGGCCCUUACAACCAACCACACACUCCUGAGAGACCAACAGGCUUCUUGAGGAAGAUCCUGAAGAAACGUCCUCAUAAAGAGGCUCAGACUCCAGAAGAUGGAGACCUGACGAUGGCAGCUGGAUUAAGUGAAAAAGAGAGCACCUACUGCAUCGCCUCUUCACGCACACAUCAUUCAGAACCUCACAGUGGGCGCCCGAGUCGAAAUCCCACGAUUAAGAUCAGCCGUGCCACGCGGGUCUCAGAGCAAUGGAAUGCCUCGCUGGACCGAGAGAUCACCAAUGCCAACGAGCUCCGGCAUCUUGAUGAGUUUCUGGGAAAUCAGGUAAAUGACCUGCGCUCGAGAGGGAAGCAGCUGUCUGCAACAGAGCACAUCUUUAUAACAGCCACUAUGCAGUUCAGAGAAAACAUCAAAAGCAUGUACUCUCUCUCAAAGCCUCACAUUGGAUAUAAGGGUCUGAUGAGGAGCUACCAGAAUAAAGUCUUCAGUUUAGCUGACGAGCAGCAAAAGAGUGAUGUGCAGUUGGUUGUCAAUCUGUUCCAGUCUGUGCUGGAUGGGUUUAUUAGAGGGGAGAUCAAAAGAGAGGAGGCUGAACCCGUGAAGCCUCCAAAAGGUCGGAAAAAGCGGCGGAAAAAAGACAAGAAUAUGGAGAGCCCACUGGACCAUGUCUUUAACAACUUCCAGGUGAACAUAAUGCAGUCGUGUGACCAAUGCUCCUCAUACAUCUGGGUAAUGGAGAAAGCCUACAUGUGCAGCUAUUGCAAGCUGGUUUGCCACAAGAAGUGUUUGUCCAAACUCAGCACAGACUGUACUACAUACUGCUCAAAAAAGAAUGAAGAGGACUCUGGUUCUCAGCACUUUGGUGUGCGCGUGUGCCGCCUGGUCAGUGAUAAGGUCCCGAUCCCCAUGGUUCUGGAGCUGAUGCUAGAGCACGUAGAGAUGAAUGGGCUCUAUACUGAGGGCAUCUACAGGAAGUCUGGCUCAGCCAACCGCAUGAAGGAGCUCCGGCAACUUCUAGAAGCUGAUCCUAAUACAGUUUGUUUGGAGGACUACCCCAUCCACACUGUAACUGGUUUGGUGAAACAGUGGCUGAGGGAGCUCCCUGAACCCCUAAUGACAUUUAAUCAUUAUAACGACUUCCUUCAUGCAGUAGAAUUACCUGAACAGCAGGAACAGAUUCACACCAUCUACAGGGUUAUAGAAGAGCUGCCUACAGCUCACUACCAGACUCUUGAGCGACUAAUUUUCCAUCUAGUCAGGGUAUCAAGGGAGGAGAAGAGUAACCGGAUGACCCCAAACUCUCUGGCCAUUGUUUUUGCUCCUUGCAUCCUGCGUGGUCCUGACAGUGCUGACCCGCUCCUUAGCAUGAAAGACGUCGCCAAGACAACCACGUGUGUGGAGAUGCUCAUAAACGAGCAGAUGAGGCGAUACAUCGAACGGCUGGAGGAGAUCGAGCAGCUCGAAUACGCAGAGACGCUGGCAAAGAACCAACUUAAGCUGAAGAGAAGCAACACUAGCUGGCCUUUACCUCUAAGGUUUACUUCUCCUUAUAAAGGAGUGGCGGUGAAGGAGAAACCCUCUGACCUGCGUGCUGUUCCUGAGAAUGAACCACUUGACUCAGACACCGAGGCUGAGAGGAACUUGAUGGAGCGAAUCAAGUCCAUCAAACAGGAAAAAGAGGAUCUGGUGUGCAGGCUGCCAGAUAUGGAGCAGCCAGGUUCAGAUCAGGAGAAUCUGGACUCAGAAGCCUCGGCUAGUUCAGAGAGUCUGUUGGAUGACCGCACUCCCAUUUCGGACAUGGAAGGUAGGAUGAAAGCCAUACUGCAAACCCAUAAACAUAAACCCUCUAGCUCAUCCUCAUUACCCCAAUUGACUUCAUCAGGAAGUAAGGUCUCCCUCUGUCCCUCCUCUCCUGCUUCCACAUCUUCCAGAAAUCAGCUUCAACGCCGGCAUCCCAUCAUCCCCUGCACCCUGCGCCUUCCCCGAGGCGCCUUCACACUCGUCCCGAGACGGCCACGGCCUGGACGCCGCAAAGACAGCAUCCAGUCACUCUUUAUCUCUUCUGGGACUGAAUUAGAUGCCUUGGCUUCUUCUGCAUCUUCUUCCUCCCUCCCGCAGGACCUCCUUGUUUCUUCCAGACGAUUCUCAGAUCCUGACAUUGGUCAAUUCCAAGAUGGUGUUUGAUUAUACGCCUUCAAUAACGGUUCAACCAGGAUGAUUGAUCCUGUCCACCAAGCACUUUUUUUUAACUCAUUAUUAAUAUAGAAUUUUUAAUAGACUUUAAGUGCAGAUACGUGUUGCAGCCUCAUGGGUGCUAUCAUGACCUAAAUUCUAUGCUUCAUAUAUAUUUUUAAUUUUAUUCGACAGAGCAUGUUGUUGCACCUUUCUUUUUUUUUAUUGUGCCUUCGGUUUCUUGUCAGUGCUCAAUUUCAUGUUUGUACUGUUUGUCCUGAGAAAAGUAGGAGGACAAGGACAUUUUUGGAAAUGACCUCACAAUUUAAACACUUAAAGAAAGUUACAAAAGCCAGAGAUUUUCACACCGUUUUCCACCAACACAUUGCUGGUGCAGAUCCCGAGGACCAACCAACCUAUUUUUAAGGAUGUUUUUUAACAGGUUUCUUUAUUAUUUUUGGCUCUGAGUGUGUUCUACCUUUCAGAGUUAAAUUCCUAAUAAAAUAUACAUAGCACAAUGAGAGAGAGAGCGAGAGAGAGCAGGAUGUAUGUAAGAGUAUGGAAUACUUUUAGCUAUUUAUUUGGAGUGUACAGUUGAGCAUUUUGAUGUACUUCAUGGCUAACAAUUGAUUCCGAUCCUUACAGGGUCAGUUAGUUUAUGGUUGCAAUAUAAGGUUGUUGUUUUUUUUUGGUAUGUAAAUAUUUCAGUCUUCUUAACAGUUAUCAUGCUUCCAGAUGAAUCCUUGCUUUCUUGUUAUGCUGGAAAUGGUUCAACUUUAAUUUCCAUGCAACUUGUUGGUGAAAUGGUCUUUCUAUGGACUUUUCUGUCUGGGUUUUAUCUAAAAUAUCAUUUUAAUAAUGCAAAGAAGCGAAAAACAGCAUGAGACACUUUUCAAUAAUUUAAGAGACCCAGACGAAGCAACAUGAAACAUUUCUGCAACCCCCACAACAAUUAACCAUGAUCUUGUAAGAAACAAUAGGAUGCUGUGCUCGAUAUCAGUUGGAACAACUGAUGAAAACCGUGUGUAUUGUUUACUAUGGUGUCACUUGUUUAACCUGCUGGUGUUUCUUGUGCCAUGUUGAAGUCAAGCGAAUGAGAAAGAAUGAAUAAUUAGUCAUGCUUGCUUUUGUGUGUAUGUGUAUUUGUACUCUUAAGUGGUGAAUGUUUCUGUUUUGCUUCUAAAGGACAGAUCGAAUGCAUUAUUUUCUUACAAUACACUUUGUACUUGGCUGCAGAUGUGACUGAUUUUUAUUCUUCAAAGGUCUUGAAUCGGGUCAGUAUGUUUUUUUUUGUUGUUGUUUAUGCUUGCAGGGUUAUCUCAGGAUAAACGUGGACUGAGAGGAGGUCUGAUGCUCAUCAUUUGUAUGGAAUUUGCACAAGCACUAAUGAAGUAGAAACAUUGAGAGGUUUAAUGAGUUCCAUGACGGCAUCUGGAUCCAGAAUGGAAUUAGCGUGUAGUUUAGGAAAACUUUCUAAAAACUCAUUAGCAAUCCUUAUAAACUUUCAACAUGACCUUUAAUAGACAAAACAGAAUUUACUGGAUUAAACUUAAAGUAAGCAGCUACUGAUUUCUCAUUUUGCUGUGGGGUUUCACCUCGUGUAUUUAGAAUGCUGAAAUUUAUUUUGACACGGGCAAAAAAAAAAAAAAAAAAACAUUUGGCUGAAUCUACAAGAAUUGUUAAAUAAAAAAGCAUCACAAUGUUUAUUGGGAAUCCUGCAUUUGUUGCUUUUGAAUUCUGGAUUCUAAUCAGGAGUCAAUGUUUAUAACUGCUAUAACACAGCCCAGUCAAAAUAAAAUCGUGCAGGCUAAUAAUUUUACUGGAUUAGAUUAUAGUGCACAUUCACCAUGGCAAGAAUCUAACCACUCCGUAAAGCUUCUCCAGCAAAUGAGAAUGAUUGGCUUUAAUGUAAUCAGUAAUAUGUCAGUUUGAAACCCACGUACAUGUCUGCAUGUCUUUCUGUACGGCAUUAACUUAUUAAUAUAAAGAAAUAAAAAUUGUAAAGUUGA